AUGAAAUAUGCUGAUAAAUUGAAACUUCUCAAAAUAAAGUCAUGGGAGAAAAAGUAUAUAGAUUAUAAAUUUUUAAAAAAAAUUAUAAAAAAAGAAUACAAUUCAGAAAUAAAAAGUAUAUAUGAUCAAAUAGAUAAAAACAAUGAUGAAAUAAAAGAAAUAUGUAAUAUGAGUAGUUCAGAUUAUAAUAAUGUUAACUCAAAAGAAAAGAAAAAAGGAAAUAAUUUAGAAUGUGAAGAAAUUGAUUAUUCCUAUUUAUUUUUUUAUCUUUUAGAAAACUACAUUAAUAUUGUUAAGGAGCAUUAUGAACAGGAAUUUAGCUAUUUAAAUAAAAAGUUAAAUGAAAUAAAAAAUUUUUUGAACAAUGAUAAAAUAAAUCAAAAAGAUAUAGAAAUAUUAAAAACAAAUUGUUUAAAUAUAUACAAUCUUUUUGAUGUUUUAAAUAAUUAUUUAAAUAUCAAUAUUCUGUCUGUCUACAAAAUUUUGAAAAAAAAAAAUAAAAAGGAAAAGUCAUCUACAGCUUUAAAUUUAUAUCAAAAAUAUUAUAACAGUUUACAUCAAAUUAGUAAAGAAGAAAAUUUUAAUGAAAAAAUAAAAUUAACAUAUUUAUCUAUACAAAAAAAAGGAGGAGAAGAUUAUGAAAAAUUAGAUUUAGUAAAUUUUAAAAUUUAUGUUAAGAAUAAAAUUGAAAAUAUUGGAAAAUAUAAAGGAGUUAUUUACUUUUUUUGUGGAAUUUUAAUAACUUUAAUUAUAAAUGUCAUUAUUUUGCUCUAUAUAAAUAUAAAUAAUAUAAAACUUAAUGUUAUUUUGUCAAUUUUACCAAUUUAUAGAUUAUUAUAUAUUUUAAAUUUUUUCUUUUUAUUCAUUUUUGGUUCAUUUUUUAUUAUGCAACUAUAUGGAGUAAAUUUUACGUAUAUUUUGGAUUUAAAUAAAAUAAUAAUAGAUGAAUAUUAUUAUUUGAUAAAUUAUAUAAUAUUUCAUCUAUUUCUAGCAACGUUAUCCUUAUUUAUUUUCUUGUUAGAUGUAUUAUUUAAUCUUAACAUUUUUUCAAAUCUAAUUUAUCAUGUGGUUAUUCUUUUUGUUCUUUUAUUUUGUACUACUAUUUUUCCUUUUAAUUUAUAUAAAUCUAGAAAAAAAAAUUUUAUAUUUUCCUCUCUUUUACGAGUCCAUUUAAGCGGUUUAUUUUUAGUUAAAAAUGUAAAUCUUCUUGAUAAUAUUAUUGGAGAUAUAUUAACGAGUUUGUCAAAAACAUUCUCAGAUGUUCAGUAUUCUAUUUGUUUUGUUUUAAAUAAUAUGAAUACAAAUAUUCCUGCAAAAUGCCCAGUGAUGGAAAGUUAUAUAAAUCCUAUUUUCAUUGGGUUACCUUUUUAUCUUAGAUUAUGUCAAUGUUUGAUUAGAUAUAAAAACGAAAGAGAAAAAAUACAUAUUUAUAAUAUGCUCAAGUAUUUAUCAGGUAUUAUUAUAGUAAUAUGCACAUCUUUUAAUUGGUCAUAUUUUGGUUUUGAUAUUUAUACAAGUAAAUUAAUUUUAGUUUGUUCAUAUGUGAUUGGUUCUACUUAUAUGUAUAUUUGGGAUUUGUAUUGUGAUUGGGGACUUUUAAAAGAAUAUAAUACUUUACUAAGGAAGAAUAAUAAUAUAAUGUAUCCCCCUCAUUAUUAUUAUAUUGGAGGAUUUAUUAAUUUAAUUUUUAGAUUAACGUGGGCAAUUACUAUUAUGCCAAUAAGCCUAUUUGAAAAUAAAGAAAUAAAUUCAUUUUUAAUAACAUUCUUUCUCAUGUUUAUUGAAGUUUUAAGAAGAUCAAUUUGGAUAUGUUUUAGACUUGAAAAUGAACAUGUUACAAAUGCAUCAAAAUAUAGAGCAAUAUUAUGGGUUCCAAAGUUACAUAAGACAAAAAAUUUUUAA